CGUCACGCAUGUCUCUACAGAACGAAUCCUCAGCAGAUCCACUCUAGGCGCACAGAGUACAUAUGUCAUUCACGGUUUCUCUGUCUUGAUGCGCUUAAGAAUGCCGCCUCGCUCGUCGUCGCCUUCCUCCCCCUCGGCACCCUCUUUGUCGUCCUGCAUCCAUCCGUCAGUCACACACAACACAUUAAAGGCUGAAUGUCGUGAGCUGAGUGGAGGCCAGCCUGGUCAGGGCAGUGGCUGACCGCACCUUCUCGAAGCCGUGCGGCUCUUGAGCGCGCUCACUCGCCCUCAUCUCUACAAAUCAAGACACGACACAGCAAUCGAUCGAUGCGGUUGUGUGGCUGUGUGUGUUUGUUUGGGUCUUUUUUUUUAUCUCCCCACCUUUGGAGGGCCGUUGCAAAGGCACCACCUCCUCACGCGCAGUCAAGCCCUCAGUCUGGACUGCAGCUGGGUCAGAGUGGUGCCGAUGGGGGCCAGGGGUGAGGAAGGAUGUAAAGGAUGGAGGCCCGCCGCGGCAUCACGGGCCUGCUUCUCCCACGGGGCCUUCUCGUCAGCAGGUAGCUCAGCCCACAACUCAGAUAGCUCUGAAUGAUUACAGCACACACCAUGCAACGGGUGAGGCGCUGUUGCUGUCAUUCAUGUAAGGGUGCGUGGCUGACCUUCCUUGGAGGGUCCUUGAUGUCCAGGGUGUCGUACCUUGAGUAGCGUUCUCAUGUAGUUGCACCAGAGAGAGUAUGAUGUGAUGUCUAACUGACGCUGAGAUGGCCCCCUGCACGCAGGAUCCAACGACACACACUUGAUGGCUGGCUGCAAGGGUGGGAGGGACCCGUCUUAAAGCACUUCUCACCUUGGCCUCUCACCCUGUAGCGCAGGAGGGGUCCACUUGUAGCCUGCAGGGUCAGCAAGACACAACAUGCUCUGGCUGCCCGCUGUCCUCCUUCCCUUCCUCCCCCCGCACAGCACCUACCAGUCUUGUCAGCAACUGCUUUGGCGACAUCACAAGCAUGCGCCGCCAGCGAGAACAAUACAUCACACAGCUGGCACACACACAGAGGCACAACGCGCACAGAUCCGUCCAUAGUGCCUGCCCUUAUCAACGACUGACCAGAUCUUCGCAUGGGUCAUGGUUGAGUGCGGCCGAAGCAGCAGCUGCAACAGCUGCGGCCGCUGCUUCGGAUGCUAUGGAUGCUGAGGAGUCCAUUUCGCUCUCGAGAAGGUUCC